AUGUCACUUCCUGUUCUUCUUUCGGUAGUGGAGGGAGAUCAGGCUGGUUCCAACGUUUUUAAAGAAGUUCGGACGACCUCUUUUCCCGGAUAUCCCGGAUAUAAUAUAAUAUUCGGGCCACCAUAUUUGGUCCAAAACAGAAAUAAUGAUUCAAUUCAUAAGUCCGGAGAUGAUGAGUCCAAAGAAGAAGAUGAUGAUGAGUCCGAAGAUGAAGUAGAUUAUUCUCAAAAGGAGGAUGAUGUGAAAUCCGAAAGUGAUGAAAGUGAACUUGAAGAAGAAUAUUACGCUCAUAUAAUUGACCUGGACAAUGUAACGGAGCAACGCAGACCUCCAUUCUGUUUUGCUAAGGAAUGUAUUUUUUGUCUUGAAAACCGGCCGGAAUACUUUGCUAAACGACCACAAACCGAGGCUACAUUUCGUGUAAGGUUUAUUGAACCAAUUAUAGAGCCGUUCAUUUUCAUUUUCAAAGACUUAAUAGAUAUGACUUGGGGUGAAAUCACGAGUUUAUCAUCGGCUAAUCGUCGAAACCACCGACUUGCGAAGGGAACUGGAUCAAAGCAGAUGCACCAACUCGACUUCCGACUAGGCAGGCAUCCGGAAGGGGACAAGUGUAAACUAGAUCGUUGUUUGGUAGACGUACUUAAUAAUCUAUUUUAUGACUAUAAUGUAUGUGAAUUUGAAUUGGCUAAAAAACUUAAAGUAUUUGGGCUACAAACAAAAGGAUACAAUUGUAUCAUCUCUGAACUAUAUAUAUUUGGUCGCGGGAUUUAUUGUAUAAGAAAGUUGUCUCAGUUCCCUUUACCGACAAGAAUAUCUGAUUUAUGUUAUUUGUACGAACUACUCAGAGCCAUGUUUCUUCUUAGAGAUGAAUUGAUCAAGUCAUUGAGAGUUAUUCAAGAUCUUAAAAUAGCAAAAGCCCGUAAACUUGAGGUUAUUAAACCAUUCAGUUCUUAUAUAUUGCGAAUACCACCGAGCUAA